UCACCCACGGCCAUCUGCUGUCCAAACGGCGCAUGCUCAAGUAAUACCACCACAAACUAUCCCAUAUCCCUACCCUCAAUGUGCUCAACCCAUGCAGGGGAUUCCAUCGACAUCUAUGGAUCCAAGACACUUUUACGGAAAGAUCCAACCUACCAAUAGUUCUACGGUCACUUCAUCUUCAGGUUACUUUCAAGACAAAUAUAAACUAUCUGUUCCAAUGAAUGGUAUUACGAUCCCUAAUAUGCAAGUUCAGCCACCAGUAUCUUCACAGUGUGAAAAACCAGCGUCUAGUUCGCAUUCAAUUACCAAUGCUUCAAAAACACUUACAACAAGUGAAACGGUGAAACGUCGUCCGCGUUCAACUGCGACUAAAAUAGCAGAGAAAUCUAGAAAUAAUAAAAAGGACUGUGCAGAUAUCAUUGUAAAGUAUCUAACCCCUUACUAUAAAUCUGGAGAAGUCGAGUCAAAGUCAUUAUUCAAGUCUCUUGCAAAAGAGAUGACUGAGAGAUUGGUACAAAGUAUGGCAGGCGUUUGUGGCGAUAAAUUGAAAAAUACAGCAAGAUCACUGGUGAAGAUGUAUUUUGAUGAAAAGCGUCGAAGAUCUUCGAAAGUCAAGUGAUGAUUAUAUCGACUUAAUUUGUGUGGGCAGUGAAAAAGAAUUGUUAUUAAAUGUGCUUCAAGACAAAGAAACAAAAGUAGCCUUCAACAAUUCAUCCUGGAAAAGACAAAUUCAUCCUGGAGUCUAAAUUGCGUCUCAUUUCUUUAUAUUAUUAAUUCGGCGUGUUGUCAAAGAAUGUCGGAACAAAUUUGUCAGUUGUUAUUUGAAUAAAUUGUACAACUGGUGUAGCUAAUGAAUGACAUUUAGGGUGAGCCUUGU